CGAAGCGUGCGCAUCGAACCGAGUUGUUGGCACGGUGAGAGUUUACGUUGGUCGAAAAUCAAUCUUGCGUCACAUUCAAUUUUCCUGGGAAUCAAAAGACAAUUCGUAUACCGUCGUGAUACGGUCGAGGGGUCAGCAUCGAUAUGUUGAGAAAAUUAUUGAGCAAAUCUGGUCGCAGACUCCUCAGGGCCAUCAAGAAAUUGUCGACGAGAAACCGCAAGGCGAAAAAGUCAGGAAACUUGACCUCUUGGCACUCGGCCAUACCGGAGUUCGAAACAGAGUCUCUGUCGUGGUCUUUACCGUCUCUGGAUACGAAAAGCAUCGAUACCUUCACGACCUAUGUGGCGGACAAUUCGGAGGACGGUAUCUCCAUGUGUUGCUACUGCGACGAAUACGAGGAGAACCAGCGGAACGAGAAUACGGAGAACGAAAUGAUGAUCUAACCAGCAAACGACGCUCCAACGAAUACUUUAUCUUCACCAUUAUCUUCGUCUUUCUCCUCGAUAGCGACACUGAUUCGAUUUUCAUUCUCAAGACGCAUCGAAGCGAAGCAUCGAAAAGUCGAAACGAAAGAUUUACCGAUGGGAAACUUGAAGAUCCUUUGUAAUCCGUUCCACGAUAUGGUUGUUUGUCGAGAAUAUCCUUUAAGCUAUAUACUUUAAUGAAAAUUGGACCACGGAAGAGUCAUUGGUUCUGUCAGCGAUACACGCGUACAUUACUUUAACGUAUCGUGUCACGCGAGUGUCACGUGGAUUUCCUUGGCCGGGUAAAACUAGACUUAUCGGGUAGAUUUUAGUUUACCAAAUACUCGUGUGAACAUCGAACAAACGAGCUAUAGUUUUUUCUAACUAUCGAUCUUCCGAAGAACGACUAUGUAUAUACAUACAGAUAUAUAUCACAGUUGGUGUAUCAAAUUUUUUUUU